AUGGGCACUGCCAGGGCGGUGGGCACCAGAGGUGACACCUCGGUCCUGCCUCUGCCACCUGCGCUGGCACCGAUGGCUUUGCUGGGACUGCUCGUCCUGCUGGCCCUGACCUGGCCCGUGGGGGCCACCUGGGACACGUGCAGAGGCACCUGCGGGCUCCGGCCCAUGGCCUUCGACCACAGAUCGCUGGUUCCCGAAAAUUCCCAGGACUCUGACUAUGGAUCCUGGGAUUCUUUCGAAGACACCUCGCAGGACAUGGGUGGCACUGGGGUCCACCCAGGGGCCUGGCCUGGUGUCAUCAGCAUCCAGGCCACCUUGGACAAUGGCACGUGGCACAUGUGCUCGGGGGCACUCAUCCACCCCCAGUGAGUGCUGACAGUGGCCAGCUGCUUGGUUAGGGCAGGUGCUGUCUUCCACUGGAAGGUGCUGAUCGGGCCCACGGAUCUGGCUAAGCCGGGCCACAAGGCCGAGGUGUUCCAGAUCAAGCAGAUCCUGGUGCACAAUGGCUACGUGGCCGCCACGGCCAGGAGCAACAUUGACCUCCUGAGGAUGGACCAGCCCGUGGAGUGCAGCGACUACAUCCAGCUGGGCUGUGUGCCCGACAGCUCCCUGGCAGUGCCCGAGCUGAAAACCUGCUACAUUGCGGGCUGGAGAGCCACCCCGGCCCGGAGCCCACGCCUGGUGCUGCAGGAGGCCAAGGUGCAGCUCAUGGACGUCCAGCUUUGCAACAGCAGCCGCUGGUACGGGGGGGCCGUGCACCCCCAGGACCUGUGCGCGGGGUACCCGCGGGGCGGCAUCGACACCUGCCAGGGGUGGGGGGACAUCGGGGGACCUCUGGCCUGCAAGGACAACGUUGGUGACUACUUCUGGCUGGUGGGACUGGCCAGCUGGGGCCGAGGCUGUGCCGGGGCCAAGCGACCCGGGGUGUUCACCUCCACCCAGCACUUCCACACCUGGAUCCAGGUGCAGAUGGGAUUGCUCCCACCAGGAACUGAUGUUCCUCCUGCAGAGCCCUUCCCACUGCCACCCCCGGAACCAGAGGAAGAGCCUGAGCCGGACUCAGAUUUGAGCGAUCUGGAGAAUCCCAACCCAGAACCAGAGGAUUCUACGGUGAUUUCAUUCCAACAACAAAUCCUGGGGAAAUUCCUGAAUCUGGUGCUGGAGCUCCUGCAGUUCCUGAAGGGA